GCCCACUCCCGAGGAAGCUCUCAAGUGGGGGGACUCCCUGGAGAAGCUGCUGCUGCACAAAUGUAAGUGUUUGCCCGGUUGUUUCCGUCUCUGUUGCCGGGGGAAUAUCCAGACACGUGCAUGGAUCAAGCUGGGAUUUCCUCUGUUAAUCCUUUCCGGUUCCAAGAUGGUCUCCAAGGCCAAGAAGAUCUUCGCCGAGUACAUCGCCAUCCAGUCCUGCAAGGAGGUCAACCUGGACUCCUACACGCGGGAGCACACCAAGGAGAACCUGCAGAACAUCACCCGCAGCUGUUUCGACCUGGCGCAGAAGAGGAUUUAUGGGCUCAUGGAGAAGGACUCGUACCCCCGCUUCCUCCGCUCUGACUUGUACUUGGACAUAAUUAACCAGAAGAAAGCCAGCUCCCCACUGUAG